UGGAGUGGAAGCUCCCGAUGUUGUUCUUUCAUGUGCUUUAAUAACGGAUCUGGAAUAAAUCAUGGCUGUUUUUCAGUGGUCUUUUCUUCUGUGUUUCUUCAUUUCUCACUGGAUAUCAACUACUGCAGGGGAAUCCUACGUAUGUACUGUGUGCAAGUGUACCAGUUCGAAUAACAAAUUAAAAAUAGACUGUCGGGACCGAUUUAAGUCGGGUUUUAACAUAACUUCAUUUCCAAACAACACAGUCUGGAUGGAUCUAAGUGGAAAUAACAUUAAGGGAAUAAAUUGGACAUCUCCGGAAAAUGUAAGCCAUAUUGAUUUGUCAAGAAACUGCAUCUCAUCUCUCCAUGGUAAGCCAUUUGAAGGACUAUUUUUUCUGAGAUAUCUAAAUCUCGAACAAAACAAGAUAACAUUUUCUGAAUCCAAUUAUUACCUAGACGUAUUUGAAGAUCUUCAAAGUUUGCACACAUUGAAUAUCAAAAGCAACACUAAGACAUCCGUGAGUGCACAUAAUAUUGAUACAGCCUUCUCAAAGCUUGUGUCUCUAAUAACACUGAGAAUGGAUCUACUAUUCAAUGUCACCUUUGAAAGUGGAUUCAAGAAUCUGAAAAAUCUUUCCAGGCUUGAUGUAUCAGGAAUAACAGGUGAAUGCAACAUAGUGUACCUUUAUCAAAGCUUUUUUGAAAAUACGCCUUUUUUGAAAGAAAUUGAUAUCAGUAACUGCAGAAUAUCCGAUGUUGAUAAAGGGCCGUUCAAGUCUCUUCGACACCUGGAAAUUUUGGAUAUAUCUGACAAUAAAGAGCUAGGAUUCUCUUCUUUGCCGAAUAUAACGUGGGGGUUGAAUAUGACUUUAAUUAAAAAAUUUCGUGCAGAGGGUAUCCAUUGUGUGAUUGGUAUUGGAACGCUACUGACUACGUCACACGUUGAAAAUUUGAGUCAAACCCGACUUGUGGAGAUUUCCUUUGCACACAAUAGGAUAGAGGUAAUUGGAAACGGCGUUUUGUCCAUUAUGCCAGACACAUUAGAAAAACUGUCAUUUGCGUUAAAUCGACUCACUACGGGUAGAUAUUUGUUUGAAUUCAUUACUCUGCAUAAUUUAACGGAAUUCAAUAUGACCUUACUUUUAAAACCUCCGAAAUAUACUACUGAUAAUUUUAAACCAUGCUAUGAAAAGGGAGAUUCUACAUCACAAGGAUUAUCAAAUGGUGUAGAUGAAAGGCAGGGGCAAGGAAUAUUGAAUUAUUGGAAGCCAAACAUAACAGUGUAUUUACCUCCAAAGUUUGAAACAUUUUACGCAAAUUCUAGCAAAUUGCACGGAAAAAUACCAAGAAUCAAAAUCAAUGCAACCAGUUUGAAGAACAUUUAUGCACAAAAUAACAUGCUUUUCGAGUGGUAUCUUCCUCUAUAUGGAUUUGAAAAGCUGGAGAGGCUCGACUUAUCGAAUAAUUUCUGCUCUCGUAUUUCACCACACUUUGCCAGGAGUGAGACAGGCUUGAAAUAUGUGAAUAUCUCGAGAAACAUGUUGUCGCGUUCGUUAAAAGCUGACCAAAGAUGUCAAUUAUUCAAAUAUCAGCGUCGGAUCGAGGAACUUGACUUUUCGAGUAAUAGACUUGUUCACAUACCGGUUUGUACUUUUCAGAACAUGGCCAGAAUGAAAAUAUUGAGACUUAAUGAUAAUCAGUUGACGGAUGUUAAUAUUAGAAUUCGCCAUAUGAUUAAUCUUUCUUUUGUUGAUCUUUCAAACAACCGAUUAUCAACAUUUGCUGACGAAACUAUUGAAGAAUUUAACCAACUAUUUGCGAAAACAAAGGUUUUGAUAAAUCUUAAAAAUAACAAAUUUCAAUGUACAUGUGAAAAUCUUGAUUUUCUAAGCUGGAUGAAUCAACACAAGCACCAUUUCCUUCAAAUAGAGAAGUAUGUUUGCUCUGAUCAGAAUAAUAAAUUUGAUUUUCGGAAAUUGAAAGAAUCUCUUCAUGAACUAAAACUUCAGUGCAUGAAUUUAGAAAUGUGGAUUGUUAUCGGGUGUGUCAUGAUAACUCUUGUAAUUUGCGUAAUAGCUGUUUUGAUAAUCAAGAAAAAUAUUUGGCACAUUAGAUACUUUCUGCAUAAGAAUCCAAGAGCGGGGUCUGGAAGUAUAUAUAAAGGACUAGAGGAUGAAAGUCAAGAACCCUUGCUUGUAGCAGACGCGCGGAAUUCAAACGCACGCGAAGUAUCUAUAAAUUCUGAAAACCAGCAAGGGGCAUUACGCUAUCCCUAUGAUGUAUUUAUAUCUUAUGUCGGAGCAAACAGAAAAUUCGUCAUGGAUGAAGUGAAACCGAGAUUGGAGGAGAACGGAUUGAAAGUAUUUAUCCGUGAUAUUGACUUUGAAGCUGGUGAUAAUAAAAUUGACAAUAUCAUGAGAGCUCUAGGGAAAAGCAGCAAAACCAUAUGUAUGGUGUCCAAACCCUACUUAAAAUCUAAAUGGCGAACUUACGAAUUGAAUAUGGCGAAAAUGGAAGGAAUGAAAUCUAGAGGAUCUCUCCGAUAUGUUCAGCUUAUAUUAAUGCCUGAUCUGUUUGAAGAGAGUACUAGUUGUAACACGAAAAUCAGAGAUUUGAUUGACCAGAAAUGUUUCCUUGAAUGCCCACCCAAAGAUUCGUCUCUACAAGAUAUCUUCUGGAGAGAUCUUAUUAGUACUAUUAAAAGUCCUCACUGACUAAGUGACUUAACAUGGACUUGAUAUCAAUAGUAUUCAGUAUGAUUGGAAUACUAUGUAAAAUUACAUGUGAAUCACUUCAUAGAUUUGGUCUGAUACAUUUAUUCAUCAUUAAUUGAUUUAUUAUAAUUAUUAUUUUAAAUUCACAUUUCGCUUUACCAAAUCAACACAACUAUCCUUUAGCUCUUUGCAUAUAUGAUAAGCUAAAUCUUAAGGACAAUAAAUAUAUCAAAGACAUAAAAUAAUAUUAAACUGAAGUAACUAGGAAUACAUAUUUUAACGGCGGAUUAUCUCGUUUACCUUUUGCUACGGUUCUUAGCGGAUGUGAACGGUAAACAACUGAUGCUUACUCUCCUCUUAGAUACCUAACCCCAACUCUGGUGUGUCUAGGGGUUCGUGUUUACUCUGAAUUUUGUAUUCUGUAUAGGAAUCAUAGAUAUUGUUCACUGUACGUUACCUUCACUUUUCCAUUUUUUAUUCACAUAUAUAUACAACAUUUGUAUCGACGUUUCUUGUUCUCUAGGGUGCAAUCCGGUAUUUCACUCAUUUAAUAAUCUGAUACUGUUUUUAUAAUGUAAAUAUUAACUACUGUAAGCGAGAUUCACUUAUAUUUCUCCUGAGAUGGAAAUAGGAUCUAACAAAUGUAGUCCAUUUUAGAAAUAUUUGUAACGCUAAUAUGGUGUAUGUUUAUAUUAACUGCAUUGACAAUACUAGUAGUGGCCCGAGUUAAGUUCACGCAUGUGCACUCUUAUAUAUUACUUGAUUUUAUGUAAUAUAUCCAUAGCUAUUUCGUCGUAAACUAUUUUGUUUUUCAAAUCCUUUGUGUUAUGAGAUGUUAAUAAAUUCUAAUGUGCAAUGACA